AUGAACGUAUUUUUUCCAGUGCCAGUGUCCUUAGACAAUUCUGGAAGGGACUUUCUUGUUAUGUUCAUGGAGAACAAUGUAGAGCAGCCACAGAACUUUCCUUUAGAACUCUUUAUAACCACUGAAAGAUCCAUAGCUGACGUGACUGUCGUCAGUCCAAUAUUUUUUACUCCUGGUGGCGAACCCGUGGUGUCAACUACAAUACAAGUGCGCCGACACGAAAUAAAAUUAGUGAAUAUUUCAAAUAGUCUUCGUAUGUCACAGACUCGGAUUGGGUCGAAGGGAAUUGUUAUUGCUUCCACUGAUGACAUUGUCGUGUAUGGGGUCAAUAAAGAGAGAUUCUCCAACGACGCCUUCUUGGCUCUGCCCGUAAAGGUUCUGGGCCAGGAGUACUACAUUGUCACCUAUUAUCCGCCGGAGAAUCUCUGUCAGGCAGGGAUUGUGGCUUCUGAAGAUGACACUGACGUGGUUAUCCAGUUCCCCAGCCCUGGCUCCGGUUUAUCCGUGGUGUACAACGGUCGCAACUAUAGUAACGGUGACACAUUAACAUUAACUCUUAACCAGUAUGAGACCUUCCAGUUCCAAAGUAAAGGAGACCUGACCGGUGCCAGAAUCCUUGCAAGCAAAAAGAUCGCAGUAUUCAGUGGGAACAUAAGGUCCAACGUCGGAACCGGAGUUUCACGAGACCAUCUGGUUGAGCAAUUGCCUCCAGCUAAUACUUGGGGUAUGCGCUUUGCCACGGUGCCCAUUCCUAAUCGUACCACGGGGGACGUCUUCAAGAUCGUUGCCGGCAAGGACAACGCCCAGGUGAAUAUCACAGGGCAGGACCCUGUCAGGUUAAGACGAGCGGGGGACUAUUUCGAAGUGACUCUUCCAUCAAACCAGUACUCCCUGAUCACAUCUUCCCAGCCCAUCCUAGUGGUACAGAUUGUGUACAGCCAGCUGUCAUUCAGCGAACCGGCCGAUCCUUCCCUGAUCAUCGUUCCACCUACAGAGCAGUACAUGUCCGAGUAUUCCUUCGCCACCACCUUAUAUUCCGGUGGUAUCACAGGCGGAGAAUACACGAACUAUUUUAUGAUGGUGGUAGACUCUGAAAACCGAGACAACGUACUGCUGGAUGGGUCCCCUAUUCAAGGUGUUACCUGGAAUGCUAUUCCUGGAACUAACUUCGUCGGAGGGUACAUCACAGUAGCACCUGGGGCACACAACUUAAGGCUUAGCCAGACUUCCGGGACAUUCAUGGGUCUAUUGUAUGGCACAGCUGACAGAGAGUCGUAUGGAUUUCCUGUAGGAAUGAACCUCAGAUCAAUUCAGAACGUAUGCCUGCAACCUUUCCAAGUACCAGGAGAUGGCAUUGACAAUGACUGUGAUGGACAGACUGACGAGGAAACGUGCGACGGUUUAGAUGAUGAUAAUGAUGGUAGAACAGACGAAGACUGUCGUACAUCGUCAGACACUGGCGGCAAAGAAUUCCUCAUCAUGUUCAUGGAGAACAUUGUGGAAAACCCACGUAACUUUGACCUUGAAGUCUUUGUGACCACAUCUUUCAGCGUCCCUGUCCAGGUUAAUUUGACAACCCCAGCGUGGACCAACCCCAGUGUUUCUCACUCUGUUAUUGUUAAUCCCAGAGAAGUUGUAAAGCUUGGUAUAAGCCAUCUUCUUCGACAGACUGAUACCAGCAAAUCGACCAAAGCCAUCUUAAUCGAGGCCUCAAAUGAAAUAGUAGUCUACGGUACAAAUAAGGAGCUUUUCUCCAAUGAUGGGUUUUUGGCUUUACCUGUAGAUUCUCUCGGCACCGAAUAUUACACGGUGUCUUACGCCCCAGCCAAUUUGUACACCGAAUUUGGUAUCGUAGGCGUAUAUGAUAACACUUUGAUUACUAUAAAAUUUCCGUCACCAAAUGGCAUUCCCGUGAGCGUAACGUAUAACGGGAUAACUUACGGCAAUGGGGACAUUCUGCAGAUUACUUUGAAUAGGUACGAUACCUUUCAAGUCCAAAGCAAGGGCGAUUUAACUGGAACCAGAAUUGUCGCCAGCCAGAAGGUGGCCGUGUUCAGCGGUAACGUGAGGACAAAUGUUGGUAGAGGCACCGCAUCAAGAGACCAUUUGGUUGAGCAACUUCCGCCGGCUCGAUCUUGGGGCAAGCAGUUCGCCACGGUGCCCAUCCCGAAACGGACAACAGGUGACUACUUCAGAUUCGUUGCUUCACAGAACAACACCCAGGUCAACAUUAACGGUGCUGGAACGUCUUUCACUUUAAACCAGGGCGAGUUCAGAGAACUUCUAAUCCCGUCUGGUUUUAACAUCUACAUUACUUCCACUGAGCCCAUCGUGGUUGUCCAGUUCGUGUACAGCCAAGAAAGUGACGAUUCCUUAGAAGUUGCCGACCCCUCCAUGAUUCUUGUCCCACCAAUAGAACAAUACGCAAUUGAGUACAACUUCGCAACAGACCAGUACUCGGGAGGUGUGGUCGGAGGGGAUUACAUCCACUACUUCCUGAUGGCUGUUAGGGCUGGUGACCGUGCUGGGUUACGCCUAGACGGAAACCCUUUACCAGACACCCUGGUAUGGACCCCUAUUGGCAACAGUGGCCUGGUGGGGACAGCAAUGAAUAUCUCGAGUGGUUCACACUCUCUCAGACACGUGAAUGGGGAUGUCACCUUCAUGGGUUUGCUGUAUGGCACCGCAGACCGAGAGAGCUAUGGUUUCCCAGUUGGUAUGAGGCUUGAGUCUAUUGUACCGCCUUGUAGUGCCCCUGCCAUGGUCCCUGGCGAUGGCGUUGAUAACGACUGUGAUGGGACCAUUGACGAAGAACAAUGCGACGGGUUAGAUCAAGAUCUGGAUGGAAAAAUAGACGAGGAUUGUGCAGCCGCCCAAGAUGCUGGAGGAAAAGAAUUCUUAGUCAUGUUCAUGGAAAACAAAGUAGAGGAUCCGAGGGGGUACGCUUUGGAAGUUUUCGUCACCACGUCCUUUAAUGUCAGCGCCAAAGUGGAAGUGAGUACUCCUCUGUGGAAUACCCCAACUGUCCUAGAGACAUUUACCCUUAAUCCACGUGAAGUACGACUCGUUAACAUUUCCAACGCUCUUAGAAUGAUAGAAACUGGAAAGUCGACUAAAUCUGUUCUCAUUGAAUCGGACAACGAGGUUGUGGUCUAUGGCGUUAAUAAGGAGCUUUUUUCAAGCGAUGCCUUCUUAGCUCUUCCAACGGACGUUUUAGGUACAGAAUAUUACACCAUCCACUACUCACCUCCCGAGAAUAUGUGUGAGUUUGGGAUCGUUGGCGUCCACAAUGGCACCGUCGUCAACAUCACCCUCCCCCCGCUCCCAGGCACAGCUGCGACUGUCACUUACAACGGGCAGACCUUUGGCAAUGGGCAGACCAUUUCAAUUAUUUUGGACCGCUACCACACUUUCCAGGGCCAGAGUAGGGGAGAUCUCACUGGGACACGCAUUGUCGCCUCAAGACCGGUUGCCGUUUUUAGUGGUAACGUCAGGACAAAUGUUGGCACUGGCACAUCAUCCCGUGACCAUCUCGUGGAACAAAUCCCUCCUGUUCAGUCCUGGGGUUACGAGUUUGUCACUGUCCCGACACCAAAUCGCACAGUUGGUGACCUCAUCCGAGUGAUGGCAAGUAGCGACAAUACCCAUGUGACAAUCACCGGAGUCACUUUCUUCAAUCUUGAUGCUGGUAAAUUUAGACAGAUCGACAUCCCAUCAACCCUUUACGCAAGGAUCUCAGCAGACAAACCCGUGCUGGUUGUGCAGAUAGUCUACAGCCAGUUCAGCCUGGCCGAACCCGCAGAUCCGUCAAUGACCAUACUACCACCAAGUGAACAAUGGGCUUCGGAAUACAACUUCGCAACUACAAAGUAUUCCGGAGGAGUUACAGGCGGCGACUACAUGCACUUCUUCUCCAUUGCUGUCAAAGAUGCUGACAAGGCCGGUCUUCUGUUGGAUGAUGUGCUGUUGUCCACUGCUUUCCCAAAUAUACGUUGGAACCCGAUCUUUGGGACAGAUUAUGUUGGUGCUUCGGUUGUGGUGCCCUCUGGUGCACAUAACGUCCGACACCAGUCUAGGCAGACGACCUUCAUGGGUCUUCUCUAUGGCACUGCUGAUAGAGAGAGUUACGGCUUCCCAGUCGGCAUGAAUCUGGCUACAAUUGUACCAACACCAGCUCCAACGACAACUACCAGCACCGCUACAACAACGACAACGACCACCACCACCACCACCAGUACAACUACUACGUCUACCACCAGUGCCACAACAACAACUACAGCUGCGCCUACCACCACCACCACUUCUACUGCUGCGCCAACAACAAUAGCCACUACGCCAUCAACGGUUAUUGACUAUAGUGGAGGCACUGAAUUCAUCAUUGUAUACAUGGAUAAUUUUGUUGAAAAUCCUGCCGGCUAUGCCUUGGAACUCUUCAUGACCAGUCUUACCAAUGCCCCUGUGCUCGUCAACGUGACUACGCCGGGGUUCUUCAACCCGAGUGUUAGCCUCAGUCAAAUGCUUCCAGCAGGAGAAGUGAAAAAGUUCGAAGUCAACCCUCAGUUGAGGAUGUCUGGCACAUCUAUGGGUAGAAAAGCCAUCUAUAUUCAAGCCUCGAGCGAUGUGGUUGUGUACGGCAUCAACAAGGAAUUGUUCUCAAAUGAUGGGUUUUUGGCGUUGCCUAUCAGCGUUCUUGGGAGCUUGUACUACACCGUCAGCUACGCACCUCCGAAAAAUGCUGCACAGUUUGCUGUUGCUGCUAUAGAAAAUGGCACUGUCGUCAACAUUAACCUCCCAACAAGCACUUCACCAGUAAGUGUUACAUACAAUGGCCGCACUUAUCAAAAUGGCGACGUUCUUACACUUGAAAUGAAUCGUUUCGACACAUUUCAAGCUCAGAGCGUUGGCGAUUUGACAGGCACAAGAAUUGCAUCGUCUAAACCAGUUGCUGUCUUCAGUGGUAACAUACGAACAGACGUCGGCGAGGGUAUCUCACGCGACCAUCUCGUAGAACACCUUCCACCUGUAAGGUCUUGGGGGAAGGACUUCUACACAGUGCCCAUACCAGGACGUACCAUUGGGGACCAUUUCCGCAUUGUAUCAAGUAGUGACAACACCGUUGUCAGCCUUACAGGGUUUCCUGAUAUCACUCUGAACCGUGCUGGAGAUUUUGUCAACGUGACCAUUCCAUCAAACGCUUACACCCACAUCGUGGCCACCAAACCAGUAUUAGUCGUGCAGAUUGUUCAGAGCCAGCUUACUGCAAGCGAGCCUGCCGAUCCCUCCAUGAUAAUCAUCCCGCCUGUAGAACAGUAUGCUAAGAAGUACACUUUCGCUACUGCACAGUAUUCGGGCGGUGUCACUGGCGGGGAUUAUGUCAACUAUUUCCUGAUCGUCGUGGAAGAUUCUCAGAAGGAUGGCCUCAGACUUGAUGGUGCCCCUCUAGCAGGGGUCACCUGGAGUCCUAUCCCUGGAACGUCUUAUUCUGGUACAUCUGUACAAGUCAGCUCAGGCCAGCACGUCGUAGAGCACAAUAAUACAAAUGUCCCCUUCAUGGGUCUACUCUAUGGUACAGCAGACAGAGAGACAUAUGGGUUCCCCGUUGGAAUGCUGCUGGCUAAAAUAACAAAGGAAUGUAACCAGCCCACAAUGGUUCCUGGGGACAACUUGGAUAACGACUGUGACGGUUUAAUAGACGAGGAAGAAUGUAAUGGGCUAGAUGACGACGAGGAUGGUAGCAUUGAUGAAGACUGUCAAGGUAUAGAAGACACCGGUGGUCGUGAGUUUCUUGUUAUGUAUAUGGAAAACAUCGUUGAAAAUCCUCAAGGCUUCCCGCUUGAAUUAUAUAUUACAACAUCCCAUAAUGUCCCCGUUCAAGUAAACAUUACAACACCGAAAUGGAACAGCCCCGCUGUUAGCCUGUCCACAACCAUUAAUCCGAGAGAAGUCACUAACUUCACAAUCUCUAGAAACUUGCGAAUGGCGGGGACCAGUCUUUCCACCAAAGCAAUUUUGAUUCAGUCCAAUUACGAGGUGGUCGUGUAUGGUGUUAACAAGGAACUUUUCUCCAACGAUGCCUUCUUAGCCAUACCGGUGGAUGCCCUUGGUCGCGAGUACUACACCGUGUCUUAUUCCCCUCCUGAAAUUAUGACCGAAUUCGGCAUCAUUGGUGUCUAUGACAAUACAUCUGUCACAAUCAUAUUCCCAUCUCCCGAGGGUAUUCCGAUCAGCGUGCCCUACGGAGGCAGAACAUAUGGAAACGGCGAACAACUUCGUAUCUCUCUGGAUAGAUACGACACUUUCCAGGCCCAAUCUAAGGGCGAUCUCACUGGUACCCGCAUCAUUGCCAGUUCAAAGGUUGCAGUAUUCAGCGGGAACGUCAGAACCAACAUUGGAGCAGGAACCCAAUCACGUGAUCAUUUGGUGGAGCAGAUCCCGCCUGUGACGUCUUGGGGCAAAGCAUUUGUCACAGUACCAAUCCCAGGCAGAACUACUGGAGACGUGUUCCGCAUUGUCGCUUCCAAAGACAACACUCAAGUCGUCCUUACCGUUAAUGGCGGCGGUAGCACAUCUUUUACUUUGAACCGUGGCAAAUAUCACCAGCUACUUGUUAACUCCACCUUUUAUACACACAUUGUCGCUAGCGAGCCCGUGUUGGUUACCCAGUUUGUUUACAGCCAACUGACGUCAACAUCACAAGAAGUGGCUGAUCCUUCUAUGAUCCUGAUUCCUCCAAUGGAACAAUUUGCCGACGAAUACAACUUUGCAACAACUAAGUACUCUGGUGGUGUUGUAGGUGGGGACUACAGACACUAUGUGCUGAUGGCUAUCAAUCAAACAGAAAUUGACGGUCUCCUUCUCGAUGGAAACUCCCUGGUACCCCGGGGCUUACGUUGGACCCAGAUUGGCAACUCGGGUUUGGUCGGCACUGUCUUUGAAGUUCCAGGUGGCGCACACAAUUUACGUCAUCAAUCGGGCAAAGUGUCCUUUAUGGGGCUGCUGUAUGGAACAGCUGACAGAGAAAGCUAUGGAUUCCCAAUUGGCAUGAGGCUGGGUGUAAUACAACCGGAAUGCAAUACUCCUGCCAUGGUACCUGGUGAUGGAAUCGACACAGACUGCGAUGGGGCAGUGGAUGAGGAACAGUGUGAUGGCGUUGAUAAUGAUAACGACGGCCAGAUCGAUGAAGAUUGUGCCGCAGCCCAGGACACAGGUGGCCGGGAGUUCAUAGUUAUGUACCUAGACAACAUAGUCGAAACUCCAAAAGGGUUUGCUCUAGAAUUGUUCGUAACAACUUCAUAUGACGUGCCUGUCAGUGUGAAUGUUUCCACCCCGGCAUGGAAUAGCCCACCCAUGAUGGAGACCUUCACCAUACAACCUAGAGAGGUGCGGCUUGUCAAUGUUUCUCGCAAUCUACGUAUGAGCGGCACUUCUAUGUCCACCAAGGCCGUGUUGGUGCAGGCAGAUAACGAGGUCGUCGUGUACGGUGUCAACAAAGAGCUCUUUUCAAACGAUGCUUUCCUGGCAUUGCCCACCGAUGUCAUUGGUCAAGAAUACUACACUGUUUCGCAUUCACCCCCUGAAACGGCCUGUGUUUUCGGUGUUGCUGGUGUCUAUGACGGGACCGUUGUUACAAUAACUCUACCCUCUCCCUCUGGCACGGCUGUUUCGGUCAACUACAAUGGCGUCGUAUAUGGAAAUGGCAACACUUUUGAGGUGGCUUUGAAUCGUUACGAUACAUUCCAGGUCCAAGAUUCUAACAAAGGUGAUCUAACGGGAACCUAUAUUACUUCAAACCAGCCAGUUGCAGUCUUCAGUGGCAACAUUAGAACCAACGUGGGCGCCGGCACCCGAUCACGUGAUCAUCUUGUGGAGCAGAUGACGCCAGUGCCGUCAUGGGGAACAGAGUUCAUCACAGUGCCCACGCCGAACCGCACUGUUGGGGAUAUAGUCAAAAUCGUCGCUAGCUCUGAUAACACUGUCGUUGAAUUAACCGGGCAACCGCAGAUUGUGCUUAACAAAGGGCAGUAUGCUGAAAGAGUGAUCCCGUCUGUUCUCUACACUCGCAUUGUUGCUAAUAAUCCAAUAUUGGUUGUUCAGAUCGUUUAUAGUCAGUUUUCUUCCACUGAACCGGCAGAUCCCGCCCUAACAAUCAUUCCACCCAUCCAACAGUGGGCUUCAGAGUACAACUUUGCUACUACACAGUACAGUGGGGGUGAAACUGGCGGAGACUAUACUCACUUUUUUCUGCUGGUAAUUCAAAAUACGCAGAGGAAUGGUCUGUUGUUUGACGGACAGCCUCUCAGCAACAUACAGUGGACAAAUGUACCAAACACAGACUAUGUAGGUGCAAACUUUGUGGUAUCUGGAGGGGCCCACAGCAUCCGCCAUGUAGCACGCGAUGUUUCUUUCAUGGGUCUGUUGUAUGGUACCGCAGACCGGGAGAGCUACGGUUUCCCAGUUGGUAUGAAGUUAGCCACAAUCACCCAGCCGUCCACAUCAACUGUCAGUACAACUCCGAGCACAACUCUUGUCACGACAACUACAACGGUCACAACGACCACCACACCUACUUCGACCACGCCAACUACAACCACGCCGACCACGACCACACCCACCACGACCACACCCACCACGACAACUACCUCGGCGACCUCGACAACAGCCAGCACCACAAGGGCUGUUACAUCCACGCCUUCGACAACUAUUGCCUACAGUGCUGGUAGAGAGUUUGUGGUUGUGUUCAUGGAAAACAGUGUGGAAAAUCCAGCGGGUUACGACUUAGAGCUUUUUAUUACCAGUGUAAAUAACGAGGCUGUCCAAGUGAACGUGACCACACCCAUGUUUAACAGUCCGAGCGUGGCCCUCAGUGAGAGGCUGAGCGCCGGAGAGGUUAAGAAGUUUAACAUAAGCAAUGCUCUGAGGAUGACCGGUACAUCAAAAGGCUCGAAAGCAAUACGCAUACAAGCAUCUGGAGACGUAGUUGUCUAUGGCGUCAACAAAGAAUUGUUUUCCAAUGAUGGUUUCCUUGCCCUCCCGCUAAGUACUCUUGGAGGUCUUUACUAUGCCGUUAGUUAUGGACCUCCUGAAAUAGCGACCCAAUUUGCCCUUGCUGCACCAGAAGAUAAUACAGUUGUCACAAUCACUUUCCCAGCAAAUAGUGGUGUCAGCGUCACCUACGAUGGACUUACAUAUACAGGAGGUGAAACUUUGCAGGCGACACUCAAUAGAUAUGAAACCUUCCAAGUACAGAGCACUUCAGGUGAUCUCACGGGUACCCGCGUGUCUUCGAAUAAAAACAUUGUAAUGUUCAGCGGCAACAUCAGAACCAACGUAGGGAGUGGAAUAUCACGCGAUCAUUUGGUUGAACAGUUGCCUCCUGUGACGUCGUGGGGACAAGAAUUCAAUACUAUUCCUAUACCCGGACGCACAAUCGGAGACCAUUUCAGAAUCAUAGCCGGUCGCGACAACACUGUAGUUACAAUUACAGGUCUUCCAACAGUGACAUUAUCUAAAGCUGGGGAUUUUGUUGCACUGAAUAUUUCUUCCGAAAGCUACACCCACAUUGUUGCUAAUAAGCCAAUCCUUGUGGCGCAAAUAGUUAAGAGCCAAGUCAGUGCCACAACGGCUGAGGUGGCAGAUCCCGCCAUGAUCCUAAUCCCACCUGUAGAGCAGUAUGCCACACGUUACCUUUUUGCCACUCCCAAAUACUCGGGUGGCGUAGUAGGGGGAGAUUAUACUAACUACUUCAUGAUCAUGGUAGCAGACAACCAAAAGGACGGUCUUAGAUUAGAUGGCUCCAGUUUGCCAAACCCAACUUGGGUAACAGUACCUGGAACUAGUUACGCUGGCACGGCUGUCAACGUCGGCGAUGGACAGCAUGUGUUAGAACAUGUCACAGGGAAUGUCCCAUUCAUGGGCUUGCUGUAUGGAACUGCAGAUAGAGAAACCUAUGGCUUCCCAGUAGGAAUGUUGUUGGCUAAAUUGCAACCGGCAUGUGAUAAACCGGCACAAACACCAGGCGAUGGUCUGGACAACGACUGCGAUGGAACUAUUGACGAGGAGAAAUGCAACGGCCAAGAUGAGGACGGAGAUGGGCUAAUUGACGAAGAUUGCCAAGGCAUCCAAGAUACUGGAGGCCGUGAGUUCUUGGUUAUGUACAUGGCUAACAUAGUGGAGGCUCCACAAAACUUCCCACUUGAACUUUUCAUUACUACGUCUCACAACGUACCAGUAAAUGUGAACAUCACUACACCGAGAUGGAACAACCCAUCUUUGUCCCUUCAAGCCACCAUCAACCCAAGGGAGGUUCAGAAAUUCAACCUUUCCCAUACACUGCGCAUGGACGGCACCAGCAUGUCCACUAAAGCAGUCCUCAUCGAAUCCGACUUUGAAAUUGUUGUCUACGGUGUGAACAAAGAGCUUUUCUCUGAUGAUGCCUUCCUGGCCAUACCGGUGGAUUCUUUGGGCACCGAUUAUUACACUAUUUCCUAUUCCCCACCAGAGAUUAUGACCGAGUUUGGAAUUGUUGGUAUUUACAACAAUACAGAGGUUACUAUCGUGUUUCCAUCCCCAGCGGAUGUUCCUGUUAGUGUUACGUAUGGUGGUGUUACCUAUAGUAAUGGUCAGACGCUGCGCCUGAAUAUGAACAGGUAUGAUACAUUCCAAGCACAAAGUGCGGGUGAUCUUACAGGUACCAGAAUCCUAUCCAGUCAGAAGGUUGCCGUGUUUAGCGGAAAUGUCAGAACGAACAUCGGUGCUGGCACCAAGUCUCGUGACCAUCUCGUAGAACAGAUCCCUCCAGUGCAAUCUUGGGGAAAAGAAUUUGCUACGGUGCCAAUCCCUGGCAGAACAACUGGAGACAUUUUCAGAAUAGUAGCUUCAAAGGCCAAUACUCAAGUGACCACAACUCGUGGAAACCCAGCAGUCACAGAAACGUUCACUGUGAACAGAGGUGAAUACCUUCAGCUCCGCAUCCCAUCAACUGACUACAUGCACAUCAUGGCUAGUGAGCCAGUUCUCGUUACACAGUUUGUAUACAGCCAAGAGAGUGAAAGUACCCAAGAGGUUGCUGACCCAUCCAUGAUAAUCAUCCCUCCCGUUGAACAGUAUGCUUUCGAAUAUAACUUUGCAACUACAGAAUACAGUGGAGGCGUAACCGGCGGAGAUUACAGACAUUUCUUUAUGCUGGUUGUUGAUAAUGCCAAUAAGGAUGGGUUUACACUGGACGGAGCACCCCUUUCAUCAAACAGAGCCCUGAUAUGGAACCCCAUUGGCAACACCAAUUAUAUGGGAACCGUGUUUGAAGUACCUGGAGGUGCCCAUACAAUGAGACAUACAACUGGCACUGUGUCCUUUAUGGGGUUGUUGUAUGGAACUGCAGACAGAGAGAGCUACGGAUUCCCUAUCGGAAUGAAUCUAGGGUCUAUUCAGCCAACCUGCAAUCAACCAGCCCAAAGACCCGGUGAUGGUAUAGAUAAUGACUGUGAUAAUUUGAUUGAUGAAGAGGAUUGUGAUGGCAUUGACGACGACUCGGAUGGCUUGAUAGAUGAAGAUUGUCAAGGUAUCCAAGAUACUGGAGGCCGUGAGUUCUUGGUUAUGUACAUGGCUAACAUAGUGGAGGCCCCACAAAACUUCCCACUUGAACUCUUCAUUACUACGUCUCACAACGUACCAGUAAACGUAAACAUCACUACACCGAGAUGGAACAACCCAUCUUUGUCCCUUCAAGCCACCAUCAACCCAAGGGAGGUUCAGAAAUUCAACCUUUCACAUACACUGCGCAUGGACGGCACCAGCAUGUCUACUAAAGCAGUCCUAAUCGAAUCCGACUUUGAGGUUGUUGUCUACGGUGUUAACAAAGAGCUUUUCUCCGAUGAUGCCUUCCUGGCCAUACCAGUGGAUUCUUUGGGCACCGAUUAUUACACUAUUUCCUAUUCCCCACCAGAGAUAAUGACAGAGUUUGGAAUCGUUGGUAUUUACAACAAUACAGAGGUGACUAUCGUGUUUCCAUCCCCAGCGGAUACUCCUGUUAGUGUUACGUAUGAUGGCGUUGCCUAUGGUAAUGGUCAGACGCUGCGUCUGAAUAUGAACAGGUAUGAUACAUUCCAAGCACAAAGUGUGGGUGAUCUUACAGGUACCAGAAUCCUAUCCAGUCAGAAGGUUGCCGUGUUCAGCGGAAAUGUCAGAACGAACAUCGGUGCUGGCACCAAGUCUCGUGACCAUCUCGUAGAACAGAUCCCUCCAGUGCAAUCUUGGGGAAAAGAAUUUGCUACGGUGCCAAUCCCUGGCAGAACAACUGGAGACAUUUUCAGAAUAGUAGCUUCAAAGGCCAAUACUCAAGUGACCACAACUCGUGGAAACCCAGCAGUCACAGAAACGUUCACUGUGAACAGAGGUGAAUACCUUCAGCUCCGCAUCCCAUCAACUGACUACAUGCACAUCAUGGCCAGUGAGCCAGUUCUCGUUACACAGUUUGUAUACAGCCAAGAGAGUGAAAGUACCCAGGAGGUUGCUGACCCAUCCAUGAUAAUCAUUCCUCCCGUUGAACAGUAUGCUUUCGAAUAUAACUUUGCAACUACAGAAUACAGUGGAGGCGUAACCGGCGGAGAUUACAGACAUUUCUUUAUGCUGGUUGUUGAUAAUGCCAAUAAGGAUGGGUUUACACUGGACGGAGCACCCCUUUCAUCAAACAGAGCCCUGAUAUGGAACCCCAUUGGCAACACCAAUUAUAUGGGAACCGUGUUUGAAGUACCUGGAGGUGCCCAUACAAUGAGACAUACAACUGGCACUGUGUCCUUUAUGGGGUUGUUGUAUGGAACUGCAGACAGAGAGAGCUACGGAUUCCCCAUCGGAAUGAAUCUAGGGUCUAUUCAGCCAACAUGCAGUCAACCAGCCCAAACACCCGGUGAUGGUAUUGACAAUGACUGUGAUAAUGUGAUUGAUGAAGAGGAAUGCAAUGGCAUUGAUGACGACUCGGAUGGCUUGAUAGAUGAAGAUUGUCAAGGUAUCCAAGAUACUGGAGGCCGUGAGUUCUUGGUUAUGUACAUGGCUAACAUAGUGGAGAACCCUCAAAACUUCCCGCUUGAACUUUUCAUUACCACGUCUCACAACGUACCAGUAAAUGUGAACAUCACUACGCCGAGAUGGAACAACCCAUCUGUGUCAUUUCAAGCCACCAUCAACCCAAGGGAGGUCCAAAAAUUUAACCUCUCACAUACACUGCGCAUGGAUGGCACAAGCAUGUCCACUAAAGCAGUUCUGAUCGAAUCUGACUUUGAGGUUGUUGUGUAUGGUGUGAACAAAGAGCUUUUCUCCGAUGAUGCCUUCCUGGCCAUACCAGUGGAUUCUUUGGGAACCGAUUAUUACACCGUUUCCUAUUCCCCACCAGAGAUUAUGACUGAGUUUGGAAUCGUUGGUAUUUACAACAAUACAGAAGUGACUAUCGAAUUUCCAUCCCCAGCGGAUACUCCUGUUAGUGUUACGUAUGAUGGCGUGACUUAUGGUAAUGGUCAGGCGCUGCGUUUGAAUAUGAACAGAUAUGAUACAUUCCAAGCACAAAGUGUGGGUGAUCUUACAGGUACCAGAAUCAUGUCCAGUCAGAAGGUUGCCGUGUUCAGCGGAAAUGUCAGAACGAACAUCGGUGCUGGCACUAAAUCUCGUGACCAUCUCGUAGAACAGAUCCCUCCAGUGCAAUCUUGGGGAAAAGAAUUUGCCACGGUGCCAAUUCCUGGCAGGACAACCGGAGACAUUUUCAGAAUAGUAGCUUCAAAUGCCAAUACACAAGUGACCACAACUCGUGGAAACCCACCAGUCAAUGAAACUCAAACUAUAAAUAGUGGUGAAUACCUUCAGCUUCGCAUCCCAUCCACUGACUACAUGCACAUCAUGGCUAGUGAGCCUGUUCUCGUUACACAGUUUGUAUACAGCCAAGAGAGUGAAAGUACCCAAGAGGUUGCAGAUCCGUCCAUGGUCAUCAUUCCUCCUGUUGAACAAUAUGCCUUCGAAUAUAACUUUGCCACUACAGAAUACAGUGGAGGCGUAACCGGUGGAGACUACAGACAUUACUUCCUACUUGUAAGUCCAGAGGCGAGUAAAGACGGUUUCCUACUCGAUAAUUCGACAUUAUCAACUGCAAAAGCACUCACCUGGAAUCGAAUAGGGAACAGCAACUACAUGGGAACUGUUUUCGAGGUGGCCGGUGGAGCUCAUACCAUACGACACACUACAGGCACAGUAUCCUUCAUGGGCUUGCUAUACGGAUCUGCAGACAGAGAAAGCUACGCAUUCCCCAUCGGUAUGAGAUUAGCAUCUCUGCUAACAACGAGCACGGUGGCGCCUGGGGUGACAACUACAACGACCACAACAAUAACUCCUCCAACUUCCCUCACAACUACAACACCCACUACUUCAACUGCUACUAAUACUACGCCAUCGUCUACAACCAAAACUACUGCUGCUACAAUUACUUCGGCCUCUACCACCACAACCCCGACUACAACUACUACAGCUCCUACAACUGUCACUUCCACUACUACUCCUACCCCUACCCCUACAACUACCACUGACAUUCUAACCACUGUAACCAGAAUCCCAACUACCACAACCCCGACUACUACUUCACAAACAUCCACCACGAUCGCAAUUAAUACCACAACAGCACCUUUCAUAACAACAGAGAUAACAACGCCGUCAACUACAGCUGCGCCAGUCACUACCUCAACAUUGCCGACUUCAACAACGACGCAGCCAACAACAACGACCACUACUACAGUUUCAACCACCACUACUGCAUCAACUACGACAACAACGACUCAGCCUACCACUACUACCACGACCGUUGCAACCACUACGGCUAUCCCAUCGACGACGACACCGGCCUGUGCAGCACCUGCCAUGGUACCGGGUGAUGGGGUUGAUAACGACUGCGACACCUCGGUAGAUGAAGAAGAAUGCGAUGGAAUCGAUAAUGAUGGUGACGGGAAAGUAGAUGAAGAUUGCAGGGAGUUCCAGGACACAGGUGGUAAAGAAUUCUUCAUUGUCUACAUGGACAAUGUUGUUGAAAACGAGCAAGGCUUUGACUUGGAACUGUUCAUCACGUCAUCCUACAACAUCCCUGUCCAGGUAAACGUCACCUCACCAAAAUGGACACAGCCUUAUGUGUCCAUUUCGGACACCAUUAGCCCUCAGGAGGUGAAGAAGUUCAGCUUCUCCAAGGAUCUGCGCCAGAAAGGAACUGGCAUGUCCACUAAAGCCAUACAUGUCAGUGCAAGCAGUGCCGUGGUCGUUUAUGGUGUCAACAAGGAGCUGUUUUCGGACGACGCUUUCUUAGCUUUGCCUGUAGACACCCUGGGAAGGGAGUAUUACACCGUCUCCUACUCUCCUCCUAAUAUCGCCACUCAGUUUGCUAUAGUUGGCGUGUUCGACGGCACUGAGGUGGUUAUUCGUUUCCCCAAUCCUUCGGGACCCCCUGUCAGUGUUGACUACAAUGGUAAUACAUACACUAAUGGCCAGACUCUCCGUAUGACCAUGAACAAGUAUGACACUUUCCAAGCCCAGAGUGUAGGUGAUUUAUCCGGCACCCGCAUCACCGCCAGCCGCAAGAUAUCCGUGUUCAGUGGGAACGUAAGAGCGAAUAUCGGCGCUGGAACCUCCUCCCGCGAUCAUCUAGUAGAGCAGCUUCCGCCUACCGCCUCCUGGGGCAAGCAUUUCAUCACUGUCCCCACGCCAGGCCGUACGACAGGCGAUGUUUACCGAAUAGUUGCCACCAGACCCAACACCCAAGUCGCCAUUGCUAAUACCACGGCCACCGUUACCUACACGCUGGCUGCAAGCGAUGUCCUAGAGGUGACCAUUCCUUCCACUUCCCACACCAGUGUCACUGCCUCUGAGCCCAUUCUGGUGACCCAAUUCGUGUACAGCCAAUACUCGCCCGAUGAACCAGCCGAUCCAUCUAUGAUAGUGGUACCACCCACAGAACAGUAUGCUUAUGAAUAUAACUUUGCAACGACCACAUACUCUGGGGGAGUCUCCGGCGGCGACUACACCAACUACGUCAUGGUCGUCAUAAAGGAUGCGGACAAAGAUGGCCUGCUCCUGAACGAUGUACCUCUGAAUCAAGCGAGAUCCCUCACGUGGUCCCCCGUGGCAUCCACCGAGUACGUUGCCACCAAUUUUACCGUGCCACAGGGAGCUUACAGACUGCGACACUCCACUGGUGCAGUUACAUUCAUGGGUAUCCUGUUUGGUUCGGCCGACAGAGAAAGUUACGGUUUCCCUAUUGGAAUGAGACUUGCUGCUAUUCAAACUGUGUGCGUUCCCUCCACUAUGACACCUGGUGACGCCGUAGACAACGACUGUGACGGAGCCGCAGACGAGGAAAUCUGUAACAGAAUAGACGACGACAGCGAUGGUUUAAUUGAUGAAGAUUGCUCAGCUGCCCAGGAUACUGGAGGCAAAGAGUUUCUGUUGAUGUACAUGCAAAACACCGUAGAGUUCCCUCAGAAUUUCCCACUGGAACUGUACAUCACGACUUCCUACAAUGUCACCGUCGAUGUGAACGUGACAACGCCCAAGUGGAAUCCGGCCUAUCAAAGCCAAGCCAGUAUAGAUCCACGUACAGUGAAAUUUGUGAACCUCACCCACGACUUACGCAUGUCAGCAACAGGCUACGGUAAUCAAGCUGUGUAUGUUACGGCGACUAACGAAGUGGUUGUUUAUGCGGUGAACAAAGAGCUGUUCUCCAACGAUGGCUUCCUUGCUUUACCCACUGAUGUUUUGGGCACCGAGUAUUUCACUGUGUGUUACGGCCCGCCUGAAAUCGCCUGUCAGUUUGGCAUAGCAGCACUGGAAAACGGGACUGAGGUCACUGUCACCUACGCUUCUACUUCCGACCAAGCUCAGUCUGGCACACCCACAUCGGCAUUAUCACUGAAUCGGUUCGAUACCUAUCAGGCUCAAAGUGUUGGUGAUAUGACUGGCACAUUAAUAUCAUCAAACAAGCCCAUAGCAGUAUUCAGCGGCAAUGUCAGAACAAACGUAGGUGCCGGAACGCGUUCUCGUGACCACUUGGUAGAACAGUUGACACCUGUUCCAUCUUGGGGUAAAAACUUUGGCACCGUGUCCACGCCAGGGCGUACAACUGGGGACGUAUUCAGAUUCGUGGCAGCUACAGAUAACACGGUCGUCCAGGUGACGGGCCUCCCCAGCUUCACGCUUAACCGUGGCCAGUGGGAGGAGCAGGUUAUCCCCUCCACUACCUACGCCCACAUCACUUCAAGCGAGCCGAUCAUGGUGGUGAUGAUUGUGUACAGUCAGUACAGUUCAAGUGAAGUGGCGGAUCCCUCCAUGAUUCUUAUCCCUCCCAUGGAACAGUAUGCUUUCGAGUAUAACUUUGCCACGCCGCAAUACUCCGGCGGCGUGACAGGAGGAGACUACGUUCACUAUUUCUCACUGGUCGUUCGCGAUGCUGACAAGGCCGGCCUAUUGCUUGACGGAAAUGCGCUCAGCAACGUUGUCAGCCUGAGCUGGAAUAGUAUACCGGGCACUGAGUACGUGGGAGUAUCCUUCCAGGUGUCAGGAGGUGCACACAAUAUCAGGCAUUCGAGAGGAGACGUCAGCUUUAUGGGCUUAUUGUAUGGUACGGCAGACAGAGAGAGCUACGGCUUCCCUGUCGGUAUGAGAUUGGCCGUGUCCGAGCCGGCAACACAAGGACCGACUUCUGCCACCGCUGCCACUGCAUCUCCAUCAACCGCUUCGACUACCGAUGUUGUUACACCCACACCUACCACAGCCACAACAACUACCACAGCCACACCUACCACACCCACAACCACUACAACCUCAACUACCACAAUUUCUACAAGUACAGCGACAGCACCGCCAACAACUUCAUCGCCCUCAGGUGCUGUAGGAAUCCAAGGACCGCCUGGCCCCGAAGGACCAAAGGGAUCAAAAGGCGAUGUAGGUCCACAAGGUUUGGUGGGUCCCAAGGGAGAGAAAGGCAUAAAGGGUGCUAUGGGCCCGCAAGGACCUAAGGGUUCUACUGGCCCCACUGGCAGUCAAGGUCCACAGGGUCAGAAGGGAGAACCAGGAGUUCGGGGUCCUAAGGGUGACCGAGGUGUCGAAGGUCCAGCUGGCUCAGCAGGUGCCACCGGGCCUCCUGGGCCUCAGGGUGGAGCUGGUCCAACUGGAGCCAAGGGAGAUAAAGGAGACAAAGGUAACCCAGGUAUUCAAGGUCCGUCAGGUCCCACUGGUGUUGCUGGACAGCAAGGACCAUCAGGAAAUCGGGGACAGAAAGGUGACACCGGACUAAUAGGUGACACAGGAGUCAAGGGGGAUAGAGGCUUACAGGGACCUCCUGGUCCACCUGGCGACCAAGAUAUUGAUGAGUGUCAGCUUGGCAAUCAUGGCUGCGCCCACAACUGUGUGAAUACAUACGGCACCUAUCAUUGUACAUGUAACACAGGGUUCAACCUACAGCCAGAUACAAAAUCUUGCGUUGACAUUGACGAAUGCAGUGGUCCAGGCAACGGUGGCUGCUCCAAUACGUGUCUGAAUAAUGUGAAUGGUGGUUAUAUGUGUACAUGUCCCGCUGGUCUGGUCCUAAGUAAUGAUCAGCAUACUUGUGAAGAUAUAGAUGAAUGCAGCCGCAACCAAAGCACGUGUGAUUCAAGCCAGAUAUGCUUGAAUCUGAUUGGCUCAUACUCGUGUCUGGACGCUCUGAACAUUACUUUUACCGACCUGGGCAACCAGCUCUUGGCCUCAAUGAACGCACUGAGGGCAGUCAAUGUUACAGGAAUUGUAGAAAUGAAAAACAAAUUGGAAGCUGCGACAGUUGAUCUUGAAACCGCCAAGACCGGCUUCCAACAGCAGGUGGCCACGAAUCCUCUCUGCUCGUCUCCGAGCCAGCUGCUCUCCACUACCGUCAUGAUCAUCUUGAUCGUCUGGCUUAUCGUCCUGACUCUUAUCAUGCUUAUCCUCGUGAUCUGCCUCAUGCUGAGGCGGAACAGCAUGCGCAAAGAAGAAAAACUACGGAAAGACUAUUAUAGAGAGUCAAUGUACAAAGCGAACUUUCAGUUCCCAACCAUGUCCUCGCGCUAUGCGUGAAGUUAGUUGAGGAUAUGUCUAUGCAAACACUAGUCUGCUUUUUGCAUCACAACAAGUAGUGUAAAGCACUGGUCAGUUGAAAAAGGAAGUGAAACUUUUCACUGAUAUUUUUAUAUGAAAUCUCGUUUCUUUGCCAAUCAAGGCGACACAUACAUGUAUGUAGUAAAAUCCCACAUUAUUAUAUACACGAGGGGUCAGUAGUUUAUAUGAUAACAUAUUAAUGUUACAUUGUUAUUUUUUAUACAACCAGAACGAUAUUUAUUGUAUGAUGUGAUACGAAUUCAUUCGAGGAAGUGGUCCUCGUGAUAUCAACAUUCCAAGACCCUUCCGUAUCCUUUUAUAAGCGUGGUUGAUCUUCCACUUGCUCUUCAUUUACACAGUAUUUCUAUUAGAUUGUGAUUUAUUGUCAGUCUAGGUUGUUAAAUUGUAGCCAUAUUAAAGUUAUGACAAGAAAAUGACAGUUUAGGGAUGUCAUUGUUAAAGCUACAUGUUUUUGAUUAGAUGAUGUUAUUCUGUUGUACGAACGUUGAACAGCAAUAAACUCAUUUACAAUUUU